AAUUACAUAUUAAGGGAAGAGCCGUAGCUUAAUUAAGCGUUAGAAAAUACGACGCUUAAGGACACGCGUCAGACAUUCAAGUGUGUCUCUCUCAUCGUGAUCUCUCUCCAGAAGGCGAUGAUAGUUGGUUUCGAUUCAUCUCACUCUCCUCGUCUCGACGCUCUCAUCUUCCCGCCAAGACCAAUCUAUGGAUCAGAAUACAUACAGGAGGAAACCGUCUCCGAUCAGAACCACCACCGCCGGCGGUUCGAAUCCGGCCCCUUCCUCCGAACUACUUCCGAUGAAGUUUCUCGAUGGCAGAGACUACUCCAAUGCUACUACUACCAACGUCCAAAUAUCAACGCCUAUCAACAAACGCAAGGACACGUACCAAUCGGGACCCAUCAACAAAAGCAUGAAUGGCUCCCCACCACAAAACCGGUAUGCUUCGUCGACGCUGCUUGGAACGCUGCCUCUAAGGACGCCGGAGUAGUUUGGAGAAUCAUCAGCGACCUCUCACCACAAGCCCUCUCGGGAUCACAGGUGAUAGAAGACGUCAGCUCUCCUCUCGUUGCCGAAGCCCUAGCGCUCUACAAAGGAGUAAGAAAGGCAAUCGACCUUGGUUUCGUGUCGAUCUCCUUCCUCUCCGACUGCUCAACGCUCAUAAGAGCAAUCAACAAUAGAAGACAGAUCAAAGAGAUCUAUGGAAUCCUCCAAGAUAUCAACAGUCUCUCGUCUCUCUUCGUCUCGGUUUCUUUUCGUCACAUCAACCGUUCUCAGAACGAUGAAGCUGACUUUCUAGCUAAAGAGGCCCUUAAAGCCCAUUGUAUCUUUUCUUCCUUUUCGAUUUCGUCUGGACCGACCACUUGGGCCUGAACCUCUAUGUCUGUUUUCCUUUCUGCUUCUUAAUUAAAAAUAUCGGGUUGUUCAAAAAAAAAAAAUCCCAUAACAUGUACGUAGGAAGAUGUUUUAAGAAGGUUUUCUGGUUUAAUUUAGGAGCGAACGUAGCUUGACGGAACAAUAUUAUUACAUAUAUAUUACUAAUGAUAGCUUUAGUUUUGGCGAUCAGCAUUUGGAAACGUACAUCGAAUUGAAAUUACCAAUAUGCAUCCCAGUAACCGAGUCAAACAAUUAGAGAGUGAAUAAUCUGAUCAAAGUUUCAUCGGCGUUCUUUUCGCUUAUGUCGCACAAUAAUGUACUAACAACAUAUAUGCACAUCAAUAUAUACUAUAUUAAAAGGUAAAUAAGCUUUAUAGAUAGAGUGUCCACGUCACUCAUUUAAUUCCAACCAAUGGGAGCUCAGCAUACAUCCAACUUGACACUUCCUUCUUUCUGCUGGGCUUGAACCGAAAUUCCGUUUGGGCUUCGAUUUCGUGGUGUUUCUGGCAGCCCGUUAGCCCGUGUUAGUUUACAUCAGUUUCUCACAAUUUACUUUUCUUCGUUUUUACUGCCAUGUCACCAGUCAACAAAGAAACCCUACGACUUACUCAUCGACUUCUUCGUCUUCUAUGUUUUCUUUUCAUCAAAACUCAGUUACAAAGUCCAUCUGUUCUCAAUGUGUUCUUCAAUACAGUUUUAGUGGAUUCGUUUCACCUCCCUCUCUUUCUCCUUCUUUAUAAACCACUUUGUAUUUACUUGCUUCCAUUCAAUCCCGAAAACUCCUCUGAAUUUUUUU